AGUGGGAGAGAGAGUUGAAGAGAGAGAAAAUGUAUGUCUGUUCACUCUUUUCGCUUGUGAUUCGCGUGAGGCCCACACCUGCAAAUUCCAACCUCUUUUCUUUCUAUCCAUCUGUUAUCCAAUCUUCCACGCAAACAAAGUUCAACCUCAAAACAACAAAAUCCCAAGCUCCUCUCUCUCUCUCUCUCUAGAAGUAAAUAGCUCGCUUGACUGAAUCAUCUCUCUGGGGUGAUUGGUUUUUAUUGCAAUGGGUGCUGCUUCUUCAAAGAACCCGGAUAGCUCAAAUGGGAACGAUGAGAGAGAGGAGAAUCUGGACCAUGCAGGAGGGCAGCUCUAUGUUUCCCUCAAAAUGGAGAAUUACAAGCUCAAGGGGGAGCUCAUUCCCCAUGUCUAUGGCUCUGUUCCUCUUGUUGGCUCCUGGGAUUCUUCUAAAGCUCUUGCUAUGGAGCGAGAGUCGACCUCCAUGUGGGAGUUAAGCUUUGUCGUCCCUCCCAAUCAUGAGACUCUGGAUUUUAAAUUUCUACUCAAACCGAAGUACAACAAUACACCAUGUGUUGUCGAGGAGGGUCCAAAUCGUCUCCUGACUGGAGGGACUUUACAAGGGGAUGCAAGGUUGGCCUUAUUCAGGCUUAACGAUGACGAGGUGCUAGACUAUCGGGUUUUCAUUAAGGCAGAUAGGGUUUCUCCAUUUGAUCUUGCUGCCAGUUGGAGGGCUUAUCAGGAGAACCUGCAACCUUCUACAGUACGAGGGAUACCAGAUGUUAGCAUCAACGCUGCUCCUGCUACUGGUUUAGAGAAUGGUCUCGCAGCAACAUUGGAGCUUGAUUUAGAACAUUAUGUUGUUCCGGCUCCAUCUUCCGGUGCAAACUCAGGAGUGACCUAUGCAGCCAAUAAGACAGAGACUCCAAGAUCAUUGACUCGUUCUGGUGUCUUUUCUAGCUUUGAUGCAGUGAAUGGUAGCUCUUAUGUAACUAAUAACUCAGGUUCAGUAACUGUAGAUCAAGCUGUGAUUGGGAAGGAUAUGGAGGUCAUGAUUCCAGAUUCUUCCAGAAUUCCUGUAUCUCCUGGCAUGAUAGAGUCCAAAUCAGUAGGGACGUUUACAUCCAUGCAGAAGCAGGACAGUCACAGGGGACUCUUUGUGGAUAGGGGAGUGGGUUCCCCUAGGCUUGUCAAAUCCGCUAGUUCAACUAGUUUCAGUACUGGUGGAGAACUUAAAAUGGAUUCAGAAGCAAAGAAAGUUAUGCCAGCUGCAGCUGGUGCUGUUGCAGCAGCAGCUGUUGCAGAUCAGAUGCUAGGACCCAAAGAAGAUCGCCAAGUAGCCAUUGUGCUGGUCGGCUUGCCCGCUCGAGGAAAGACUUUUACUGCAGCCAAGUUGACUAGGUACCUUCGCUGGUUGGGUCAUGAAACUAAGCACUUCAAUGUUGGCAAGUAUCGGCGACUCAAGCAUGGAACUAAUCAGUCUGCUGAUUUCUUCCGAGGCGACAACCCAGAAGGAAUAGAGGCACGUAAUGAGGUAGCUGCCCUGGCAAUGGAAGACAUGCUAUCCUGGAUGCAGGAAGGAGGUCAGGUUGGUAUUUUUGAUGCUACUAAUAGUACCAGGAAGCGAAGGAACAUGCUCAUGAAAAUGGCUGAAGGGAAAUGCAAGAUAAUAUUUUUGGAAACAAUUUGUAAUGAUGCAGCUAUCAUUGAGAGAAACAUACGUCUGAAAAUUCAACAAAGUCCUGACUAUGCUGAAGUGGCAGAUUAUGAAGCUGGUCUACAAGAUUUCAAAAUACGCUUAGCCAAUUAUGAGAGGGUCUAUGAACCCGUCGAGGAGGGUUCUUAUAUCAAAAUGAUAGAUAUGGUUAGUGGACAUGGUGGGCAAAUACAAGUCAAUAAUAUCAGUGGGUAUCUCCCUGGAAGAAUUGUCUUUUUUUUGGUCAAUACUCAUUUGACACCUCGUCCUAUUUUGCUUACUCGCCAUGGAGAGAGUCGUGAUAAUGUUAGAGGAAGAAUUGGCGGGGACACAGCUUUGAGUGAAUCUGGAGAGCUCUAUGCAAAGAAACUUGCUAACUUUGUGGAGAAGCGCCUUAAGUCUGAGAGAACUGCUUCAAUAUGGACAAGUACACUGCAGAGGACAAUUUUAACUGCAAGCCCCAUUAUUGGCUUCCCCAAGAUACAAUGGCGUGCCCUUGAUGAGAUAAAUGCUGGAGUAUGUGAUGGGAUGACAUAUGAAGAAAUAAAGAAAAACAUGCCAGAUGAAUAUGAGUCACGUAAGAAGGACAAGCUAAGAUAUCGUUACCCCAGGGGAGAGUCAUACCUUGAUGUUAUUCAAAGGUUGGAGCCAGUAAUUAUUGAACUUGAACGUCAACGUGGUCCAGUUGUGGUCAUAUCACAUCAGGCUGUACUAAGAGCAUUAUAUGCUUAUUUUGCUGAUAAGCCAUUAAAUGAAAUUCCUCAUAUAGCGGUACCAUUACAUACAAUAAUUGAGAUAAAGAUGGGGGUCAGAGGAGUCCAAGAGAAAAGGUACAAACUGAUGGAUUGAAGCGAUCACCAUAAUGAAAACAAUUGAUUUGGAGCCCUACGUAACCAGUAGGCAACUGCACUUCUUUGAUGCGAUCGUUUGGGGAAAGAUGCACUAUACGUAUCAUGCAUAUGGCACGAAGAGUAUUGGCUUAUUUCUGACAUCUGCUUGAAUAAUGGAUAGCUGUGAUUACCAUUCCUUCUGCGUGAGAGACAAUGUGCAAAAUGAGGCACUUUCCAUAUAAUUUACUUUCCCAUUUUCAAUUCUUGAUAUGUAUAUAAUGGUUAAUAAAUUUUGUGGACCUGGGGAAAAUGCCUCCCUGCAUUGUAUCGUGAAUGAUAGCCUAUCUGGUUUUGCAUCUGGUGGACUCUAUAAACUCCCCUGGAAAUUUUGUGAGUCUUAAAGAAACCACAGUGAAAUCCUUUGCAAUUUAUUUAUAA